GAGAGUUCAAAUUCAAAUUCAAAUUCAAACACUUUAUUCCAUUAAUUACAAUGGGUAUUCCAUUUAUAUACAUGUUGUUUACAUUAUGUAAUAGGAUGUUAUAUACAUAGACAUUAUACAAUGCUUGUUUAACAAGAUUAGACAGAACAUUAGUAUCACAGAUGACUGAAAUGUCGUACUUGGCUUGAUGUUCAAACGCCUUAUGUCAUUGAUAUUUUAGUAGAUGUUCUUUCACUUUUGUUUUAAAUGUCUUUUGGUUGGAGAUAUUUCUAAUAUUUUCAGGUAGUUGGUUCCAGAUCACCAGUCGUCGGAUCGAUUUCUUGCCCCGGUUUCUGUAUUCGAUCUUUUGCCUUCCUAAUAACCGCUUGUCACACGCCAUUGUUCGAGAAUCACCACUGCUCUAAGUGAUACAGAGCGUUUGGAAGCAGUAUGUGAGGACCAAGCUUCAAAAUCGGCAUUUUAAUUAAGUGCACGAGUUAGUCAAUGUGACAACCUAAAGGUUUCGUUGAAAUUGUUAGCUGUAUUUGGCUGCUCUCCCGACCACUUCAUACUCUGACCGACGUGGCUAACGAAGGACUUUUGAUCCUUUGCUACAGCCCAAGCGGAAGUCUGUUUCUUUAUCAAAAUGGCGUCAAGAGUCACUCUGGCUGACUCCUCUUUACUACCAGUGCCAGAGCCGCUGACAGUUAACGUUACUCCUUGCACUGACUUCCAGGGGCCACCAAAGGCCUACAAAAACGAGUCGAAUCCUCGAGGUGCCUUUUUCCUCGCGAAUUACAUGAAGUUCUCCAAUCCGGAAAUAAAACUGAGGCUGGGUUCGGACGUGGAUUCGAUACACAUACUUGAACUCUUUAAUCAGAUGGGUUACAGUGCCAUUAAAAUGAUUUUAGAUGCCACGAAAGAGCAAACAUUAACAGCACUUCAGCAGUUCAGUAAGGAUAAGAUACACAGUAAUGUCGAUUCUCUGGUGGUGGUAUUCAUGAGCCAUGGGGUGAGUGACAUGAUGUGUACCUCAGAUGAAGAGUUCAUUCAAGAUGAGGAAGUCAUCGAGUUCUUCGACAACAUCAACUGCCCUGCACUUAUAGGAAAACCUAAGCUUUUCAUCUUCCUGCACUGUCGUGGGCCACAGGAGCACAUCGCGUUUACCAAAGCAUCGACUGAUCAUCAGCCUUCUGUUCAAGUGAAAUACACUCGAAGGAAAAUAUCUGAUGUUUAUGUUUGCUAUUCAACUAUACCGGGCUUUGUGUCCUAUAGGUAUGAACAUCAUGGGUCCCCUUAUAUCGAUACACUCUGUAGAGUUUUCAUGGAGGAAGCUCACCACACAGAAUUAGAUAGUCUUAUGAAGCAAGUAGAACGAAAAUUGCCAGAGGCACAAGGCACAGAAAUACGAAAAUUGAUGUUCAAGCGGGAUUUUUAUUUCAACCCGUAUUCCAGAAAAGAAAGACUAUUAGUAAGAAGUAGAGAUGCCAUGGAUAAUGGGGAGACCUACAGGACCACAAGCUCACCAAGGGGCCAUGUCCUCAUUAUUAACGAUCUUGAAGGUUGCGAGGAAGACAUCGAGAAAUUACAAGAAAUAUUCAGAAUGCUUGGAUUCAACGUUCUCCCGCCCUGCAGAAAUCUCAUGAAGGAAGAAAUGAAGAAAACACUUCACGAUUUUUCUAACAGACAUCACCAUGAUUCGGCAGUUGUCAUAUUCUAUGGGUCAGGGAACGGGGACUACUUAGUGUCAUGUGACCACUUAGCAACAAGUUUUAGGGAAUUGACAGAAAUGCUUAAUGAUAUCAACUGCCCAAGCCUUGCUAGAAAGCCAAAAUUGUUUAUUCUGAAUAUGUGCUUGACUGAAGAUGUGGAGUUACAUAACAGUGAAAUGGAUGUUACAGAUUUGAGUUACCAGCAAGGUACAGAUGAAGAAAGUGGGCUGAGUAUAGAUGGAAACACAGAGUUAGACAUGGCACAAGGCACAGUGUAUAUUCCUGCUGAGCGUGACAUAUAUCUGUUAAUAGUAGAAGUUGAUGGACAGUGUAAUGAAGGAUCGUUGUUAACAAAAGCAUUGCACCAGGUUCUUCUCAAACAUGCCUGUGACAAAGAGCUCAUGACACUCACCAAAAUGAUCCUACACACGUUAGAAGAUCUACAGGAAACAAAAGGUGGAGAUCGGUACUACCUUGAGGUAAGGACCAUGAAAUUCCUGUGCGACUACUACUUCAAUCCUCCAAAAGCUGCACAACCUCCAUCCCCUCCACCCAGACACCGGGAAAUUCACCUUGAAAAAGACUACUUCUCCCAGAGAAGGCUGAGUGUGAAGCAAGUGAAGCAGCCCCGAAAUACCCACUCUGAUUACAGGAACUGGUCACGACCUCAUGGCCUGGCACUCAUCAUUUUCUUUGACAAAUACGAAAGUGAAGGGCUAUCAGACUGCCCAUGGCGACAGUACAAUGCAAAAAUGAUAUCACAGCUUUAUAGUGCCAUUGGUUACAGGACAGAAAUGUGUAGUAAUCCAACGAACUCUGAGGCCAAAUCUUGCCUAGAAGAAUUCUCAGUAAGGAGGGAACAUUCAGACCUCGACUCAGCAGUUGUCAUUAUCUUAGGCCUUACUAAAGACUGCAACACCUUCUACUGUGGAGAUGGAGAACCCCUUCAUUUAUCGGAUAUUUAUUCUUACUUCACGGAUACCUCUUGCCUUGCUCUGAAAAGGAAACACAAGUUCUUCUUUUUCCACAUGACAGAGAUGCAGAAAUGGGAAUAUCCCCGAGAAAGCCCACGGAAAGAGCUGAGAGAUGCCUUUGUCGUCCGACUUGUGUCGAAGGUUGAUGCCAAUGGCCUUCACCCAAGUAAAAGUUUAUGUGCAUGGAGGAAAGCCUUGGAAGAACACGCCCACGACACUCACCUGGAGAGCCUCGUAAGCAAGGCAGAAGAUUACCUGCAUGAAGGUGCUUGUAAUACCAGGGUAUUGGACGAACACUUCGAACGUGAGCCAUGUUUUCUUAAAGGAAAACUCUUCUUGAAUCCAAACAAAAUAUGAAGAUGAGGAUUUAAGGAUGCCUCCCCCCUACUCUCAUUCUCUUUGUGUGUUCUUACCAAGUGGAUUCAAUACGAAAGAAGAGCUAAGCUCAGAUGGUCCUGUCUGGUAUAUUUAAAUUAUCAUAUAACUUUUCAAAUUGAUGCACAUUUUUGGCACACAUAACAUUAUUUGGGAGAUUGUUCUGUUUCAAUUGUUUGUGAAGCUGAACUUCCUGACAUCCUUCUCGUCUCUUUUUACUUUCAACUUUUUGCUGUGUCCUCUCAUCCUUCUUGUGUUCAAAAUUAUAGUCAUCGUUAUUUAACUUCACCUUUCCUGUAAUAUAGCUGAACAUCAUUAUCAUGUCACCUCUUUUUCUUCUUUCCUCCAAAGUAGUAUGACCUAUUAUUUUUGUUUUUCUUCAUAGCUCCUAGAGUAGGUGUCCAUCUUGUGGUUUUUCCUUGAACUCUUUCUAGUUUAUCUUUAUUUUAUUUUUUUUAAAGUGUGGACUCCAUACCACUGCACCAUACUCAAGACUAGGUCUUGGGAUGGCUGUAAUGAUCUUUAUCAUGUCUUUGUCCACAUACACGAAUGCCCUCUUCAUGUUGGCAAUCGGCCCUAGCAUUUUAUGAACCUUGUCAUUUAUAUGAUCAUUUGGGCUUAAUUCCUGUUUAUGAUUAUCAACUCCAUUUCCCAUGUACAACCCCAAAUGAAUAAGUUAUCGAUGUCACUUUAGAGGCAUUUGCAGGAGAUCGUCUGUUAUCCUUCUUUGCAAUUUUGCAUCGUCUACAAACAUAUUCAGAUAAAUACCUGUGCUUAUGUUCGACCCUAAAUCAUUUAUGAAAAUAGUAAACAUAAUCGGCGCCAAGACCAAUCCUUGAGGUACUCCACUAGUCAUCCGUUGCUUGUCGCUUCCCUCUAAUUACAGUUUUCAACUUACUUUCUUGAAGGAAGCCUUCCAUUCGAGGAGUUUGCCUUUCACUCCACCUAGGUGUUCUAAUUUCCAUAAUAGUCUUUUAUUAGACACCUUAUCAAAUGCUUUCUUAAAGUUUAAGUAUACACAAUGCACCCAGCCGUCUCUUUCUUGUAAAAGUUAAGAAACUCUAUCAUAGAAUCAGAGAUUUGCUAUGCAUGACCUUACUUCCCUAAAAUCAAAUUGUUUAUUUGAUAUAUCGUGUUUUACAAGUACUUCAACCCACUGUUUCCUAAUUAUCCUUUCUAACAGUUUGCAUACUGCACUACUGGUCUAUAAUUUAGAGGAGUUUGUUUGUCGCCGUUCUUGAAUAUAGAUGCAACUUUGGCAAGUUUCCAAUCUUUUGGUAGUUUUCCUUGUCUAACUGAACUUUGGAAUAUUAACAAUAACUGAGUACAUAAUUCUUCGGCACAUUCCCUCUGCUUUAGUCUUGUAGGGCUUUUAUUUCUUUUCGAGUAUGAUAUUUACGAUAUUUUGAGUCCUGAGCAAACACUAAAAUUUCUCAUUAAGGAUUUCACACAUUUCCUCUUCCUUAGUAUAAAUGAUGUUAUUGCCUUUGAUGGCGCUAAUUUGAUUUCUACUUUUAGUCUUACAAUUUAUGUAGUUAAAGAAGAGCUUUGGGGUAUUAUUAUAUCCUCUAUGCCUUUCAUGCUGCCUGAGAGCUAUGUCUUCUGUGAACCUUCUUCAAAAAAGUUGUUUGUUUUCUCUCAUUUUCUUGCAUUAAUCAUUAAACCACUUUUAGCCAUUUCUUGCUUCAGUUUUAAAUCUUGAUACAUUUUUUUUACUUGUUUAUAGAAUAUUCCAUAUCUAGAUUCUCUUCGUUCAGUAUUGUUUCCCAGUUUAUGCCAUCAAAAGAAAUCUUUAAGGCUUUUGUAAUUACCUCUCUUGCAAUUGUAAUUUCCUUUUCUUUCUUUACUUACGGUGAGUUUUCCCUGUAGCAGACAGUAUUUCAACUUAAUUGAUCACUUUUUCCUAGAGGAGGGCAGUACUCCAAAUCCUUAAUGUCAUCUCUAUGAUUUGUAAAUAUCAGGUCACUCAUAAAUGGUUUAUCUAGCCCUCUUAUCAAGAUAUAAUCUGUUACAUACUGGAAGAGACAAAAUUAUUUUAUGACUUCUAGUAAUUUUGCAUUCAACGAAUCUGGCUGAACUCUGGGAUCGUAGUUGUAGCCCAUUAUUCCAGGCUCUUUAAGGUUUAUUGAAUAAGUUUUUGUUAAUUUUCUUGUGACCACGCCGAUGUAUGAGGUGGCAUGUACACUGUGGUUAUUAUUAUAGUUGCUACUAUGAGAUCUUGCUGAAUCUCUAUCUCCUUUAUAAUAAUUCCUUUCCUUGUUAAUAUUACUGCCGACCCCCCCCCCCCCCCCGCUUCAUUUCCAUUUGCCCUAUCAUUUCUCAAAAUAUUGUAGUCUCUGAGUCCAGUUUGGAUUCAAUUAUACAUAUUACAUCUGGUUUAUUGCUUUCAAUAAUUGCAUCCAGUUCUAGUAACUUCGAACAUAAACCAUCUAUAUUUAUAUAAACUAUUUGUACCGAAGCUGUCGGCAUUCCUUUUGGCUGCAAGGCUAAUGAAUGUCUUUCUCCAUAUUUUGGUUCCGAUAGUAAACUUGUUUUGCUUGGAGGCCUCUCACCCUCCAAAUGAACAAGUUUUUUUCUUCAGUCCUUUGUUCAUUUUUUUUUUUACCUCUUGCAUUUUUUUUAAAGUAUUUCUCUGUCAUCUUUGGUCAUAUUUUCUCUUAUCCAGAUAUUCGUAUAUUCUUCGUGUGUGAUCAGGACUUUAGCUUUCCUUAUUACAUCAGUUUAAAGGGUGUUUCUUUCCCUUUUCGAAUAAUCCCAACCUCCUGUGGGCUAUCAUAUUCUGCUCGGAGAAUUCGGGAUUUGUGACCCUGAAAAUAUUGACAAUCAAUUUCUUGUCUUCGUUGUAUCGCUCGAUUCCAUCUUCUAUAACGUUUUCUUCAUGUGCCAAUAUGACUAUGUCCUUGUUUACACCAGCCAAAUUUGCAAUAUUCCUUGCGUGUUGCCCGAGGUGUAACUUAAUUUUUCUUUACCGUCUCUACAAGCUGUUUCUAUUUCCUCCUUGGUGAUCUUAAUGUCCUUUUCUAACUUUUUACCAUUUCAUUUAUAGUUUCCUUUACUUUAGAUAUAUCGGCAUAUGUAGCUGUCAUCUUUUUUGCCUCCUCCAUCGACUCAGGCUGGCUGCUUGACAAAAUGCUUUCAAUCUGCUCAACAAUUUCUUGUACUUUGAUUACUUCAUCAACCUUUUCUUGCAGAUUCUUUGCCUCGAUUUGUUUACUGCUGCCAAUCUUGGUAACAGUAGUCAGUGUUUGCCAUAAGGCAUUUUGAUAUAGAUUGUUAUUUAAUAGGCUGAAAAUAAGUGUUUUGUAAUAUAUGUUAAAGUGCAAAAGCUGGGUCAUGGUGGGGAAAGGAUAAAGACAAGAUAAAUGAAUGUGAUAAAUCAUAACGAUUUGAAUACUGCACUAACCUUGAAGGGCAAACUGACCCAGAUGACAAUGCAUCACCAGUACUAUGUCUUAAGGUAAAAAUACUGCUCUUACUGCAAAGUUCAUAACAAUUACAGAAAUAAUAAUGAUAGUAACAGCAAAAAUAAGGCACCACAGAGAAAAUAGAAUAAUAUCAGUGAAAGCAAUGAUAAUAGUAAUGCUACUACUAGCAAUAGCAAUCGUUAUAAUAACACAGAUCGCCUGACACCAAGCCGCGAUAGGCCAGGCUCUGUCCGCCACUAACAGGGCACUACUUCAGCUGCAGCCAUCAUGGGGGGAACUCACACCCACCGAAUCCUUUUGCAGACAGAGUAUAGUUCUAUUAUAUUAAAAGUGCAAUUUCAAAGACUAUUGUUUCUCGUUGAAAUAUAAGUUGGCUAAAUUAAGAAGGCAGUUUGCUUUGGAUCUGAUAUUUUAGUCAAGGGAGGUUAGUAAAUGUCCCAACCAGACAAUUAUUAUUAUCGAUAUUCAGAUGUGUUGCAUGGCCAGCAGAAUACAUGUUGUUAAUCAGCUAAGCUUUAUCAUGACUCCUUGCAGCCCCGAGCGCGAGCUCCAUUAGCAAGUUGAAAGAAAAGGAGAGGGAAAGAUAAGGUGGUGAUCGAAAAGAGAGAGAAAAAGAUGUGCUGACGUGCUUCAUGCGCCCACCCCUUCUUAAGCCAAGAUCUGUCUACCAAAUGUUGUUAUAUAUAAAUUGUUAUACUGGCCUUGUUUUAAACCUUGUUGUCACGUGCUGCCGAGGCCACUCAAGUGGUGUACCCGAUAAGGGAGCAAUUAAAUAUCCUCUUCUCUGGGAUGGUUGUUUUUUUUCCAAAUCACUGCUUCGUCCCAAAACAAGUUGUUUUUGCCAUUAUAUUUAGAGUGCAAAAAUGAUUAUUUAACUCGCAUUGUUUGCUAUAUUUUAAAACACAAAAUAAAUGUAUGAUCAA